CAAAGCUUAGCCAUAGCCUUAAUUUCCAAGUUCCAAUUAAUCCUUCCCAGAUCACUUGCGGUUGUCAUAAGCAAACUUUGCUUAACUCACUUUCUGAGUGGACCCUUUUCAACUCCUAAUCUCUUUUAAAUAGCCGCCAACCAGGACUCGUCAAUCAAAAUAAGGAGUCAAAUUAAGAGAUCUAAAUUAAGUUUCUGUGUUCUGUUCUGUUCUGUUUUCUCAAACCCAAUAAAUGGCGGUGUCUGACGCAGUCGUGGGGAACUUGACGACGAUCUACGUGGCAGUCAUCGCCGGGAUCAAGGCCUUCGGGGUGGUGUCUGGUCGGACCUUCGGCGGCGGGUUUGUGUUGAUUGCCUCCACCGUCGUGGUUUGCCUCAUCCUGGUUCUGACGCUGACGUGGGAUGUGUCCCGUAAAGCCAAGUACGCAGUUUCCCGCGAUGAUGCCGAUGGUGGUAGUGAUGUGCACGAGAGUUGCAAGGGUGGGAUUUGCUGGCACGGCGUCGCCGUCCGGUCGUCGGCUUCUCAGGUCCGGUUUAGGCUUCCGGAACAGCUAGUUAGCUAUGGCUCUUCCUGAAGAAUAAACAAUGUAAAAUAUCUCUUUCCCCGUCUUCGUUUUCAUUCGGUGAAUGUGGAGUACUAGUAGGCUCGAGCUGAGCUUUACCUACGAGAGGACACAUGGAGCUCUAGAUAGGGGUUUGCCUUUUUUUUGGUUUUUGUUUUGAUGUGUUAUAAGAUCAGAGGGUUUGUUUUGUUGUUUUGUUAUAGGGACUAGGGAGGAAGAGAAAUGAUUGUACAUAAAUAAUCCAAGAGAAAUAUUCGUGUUUGUUUAUAAAUAAAACGUCGGUUUGCAUUUUCUGGAA